AUGCAUUUCAAGACAGCCACUAUUGUCGCCCUCACGGCUUCGCUCGGCGGUAACCUCUUUACCAGCGCGGCUCCGGUCGCUGACGUCACCAUCCCCAAAACCCUGGAGAUACGCGAGAUACUAGGGGACAAGACUAUCUCGCUGGGCAAGCGAGAUGGUGGCUUCUUAGGCUCCUGCAGAAACGUGCGCCUUGACGGCGGGGCGAAGACCUGGCUCGUUGCCGAAUGCCGCAACCUUUCAGGCGGCUGGCCCACCUCCAGGCUCAACAUGAAUCGGUGCUUCGUUAACUCCAACGGGAGACUGGGAUACCUCCAAAAUGGUGGAUAUGGCGGCUCGUGUGACGUGGGCGGUAGCUUUCUUUCCCCGUCCAACGAACUAGUUAUUAACUGCCCCGGUUAUAAUGGAGUAUGGUCGGGAACUUUGGCCUACCGGAUUAACGACCAUAUCACCAACGCCUCUGGCCAGCUGAUGUGCUUCGGUGGCAGCACCUGA